AUGCUCGAAUUUUUACAUUUAUCUCAUCAGUUCGAAGGAAGUACGUCGGAAAAUGAAGAUUCUCAUUUGUCGCAUCACAGAAGUAAAUAAUCAAGUCAUACCUUAUAAUAUCACAAUACGACAUCAUCGUGUGCCGAAACUCUAAGCAAAACGCUGUCGGAUGUCACACAACAAUCGAGACAUGAUGAACUUUAUAUUGAUGUUUAAUUAUAAAUAAAAUCACAAACAAAUUAGCUCAUUACUAUACUUUGAAAUAAAAUACUAAUUUCAUUGAUGAAAUACAUAUUAUAUGUUGAUGAUGGCAGUGAAAUAAUAGUUUCGAAUAGUAGAAUCAAUCUUUACCCAUUCUUUUGAUCUACAAGUCGAAAUUGUUCAUUGGAUAGAAUGGCAUCUAUUUCAAAGAAUUGAAGACAAUUCCAUGCUUUUUCAGAGAUCAAUUGGCUCUCGUUAUUCUCAAGACGAUAUUAGUCAAGAUUGCUUCUAUUGUUACCUCAUCCUUACCUUCAUCGUUGAGAUUAUUGGCAAAAGUUCAGUGUAUUUUCGUUUAUUGACCACAUCUAUUUCGAGGCAUGAACUAGAUUAUGAGAACUAACCAUAGGUAAUUAUCGAAGAAAGUAACUCCAAGCUCUUGACGUUCUGUGAAUAUUUAAAAAUUUAUAAAAAUGGAUGUGGGUGUGUGGAUGCGAGUGUGGGUAUAGUAUGAUGUAGGGUGUGGAUUUGAUAGAACUGAAGGGUCUCCAACACUCACAUCUCGUAGCUGCACCCACACCCUACUAAAAGACUACUUUUCUUGUAAUUCUCGUCUUACAUGAAAAGUUAACGAAGUAACAAUAUCUUUAUGGUUAUAUAACUUAAGAAAAUAUGACAACAUCAUUAAUGUACAAUACGAAUUUUUUUAUAUUAAUACCUUUGAAAAUCGUAUAAAUUAAAUGAAUUUUAUUUCAAACUAGAGAAUCGAUGUGUGAAUCUAAGUGAAGAGCGAUGAAGAGAAGAACAAUGCUUCGUAAAUUUGCGAACUAUUUUGAGUUUAAACUUUUUUUUCUUCUCGUUAGUUUUAUCUCGUUAAAUUUCAAGAAACAAUUUUCAUAUUGCUAGUAAAUUAUAUUGAAUUAUUUAACUCAGUUAUAAUUAAAGAAUCUUACAGAAUCUCUAUACCUUAGUUUAAUAGGUCGAAUGUUUCAAACAGUUUUUCUUACAUUUUUGUCUAUUUCCAAAUAUUUUCAUCCAGGUGUUAUACGACUAGCAAUCUGCAUGACCAUGAUUUUUUAGUCAUAGUCACGAUCAUAACUAUGAGAAAUUUAUGGAUUCUGUAACAGUUACAGUCACAGACACAAAAAAAUUUCACUGAAUAACGACAUCUUCUGAUAAUUAUUAGAACUGAGAAUUUUUUCUAAAAAGAUAUUAGUUUAUGAAAAUCCAAGUAAACUUCAUGAUAGUGAUUUGUAAUUCAUAUUGAUAGGUCAAGUUGUCGUCAAAAAUUAUUUCCUACCGAUCUGAUAUACAAUCGAAUUCUUCUUACUGCCAUAAAUCACGAUUUCUAAACUUUUAACACGCAGUAAACCCGAACAGCUUUUAAAGAAAAAUGACACCACAAUCACAUUGAAAAAGAUUCAACAGACCGAUCAUUGUUCAUCUUUCUGGGCACAAUUUAGCCUCGUAUUUUUGGAUGACGUUGUUUAAAAUUUCGUAUAAUAUGAUAUUGUCGAACAAUUAUUACUGAUAAAAGUUCAACUGGUGCUAGUGGUUUAAAAAAUCGUUGAAUAUUGUAUGAUAGAGAUACAUCAUCAGAUGCAAUACAACCAAUUAUUACAAGAUAUAUCCUUGGCCAUAGUUAUGCUACAGUCACGCUCACACUCACGCGUGAUCGUGACCAUUUUGCAGAUCUCUAUAUGCGUUUCAUCAGGACACAGUUUGUUUAUGAAACUCGUAGACACUAAUGUCCAACUAUAGAAGUAACGUUUCUAAAAGUUUGGACUUCAUUCUCUAAAUUAUAACUGCUACAUUUUAUAAAUUAAAACAAUAUAAGGAAGGAAACUUUAAUUUAUCUAACACUCAAUAUGACCUUUCUAACCAGAAAACAAAAAAAAGUUCUAGCAUAAUCUCCAUGACUCAUAUUAUUGCCUUAAUUCUAUUUUUCGAUAAUUUUGAUAGCGUUCUCCGAAGUUGAAUAACAUAACAUAGAGACAUUUAUUCUGAUUUUUCGAAAACAAUAUAUACGUAUAAUACGAAUAACAAGCAUUUUGAAUAGAAUAGAUACUAUUUAAAUAUAAGAAAAUAUUGCGAGGCUAUGAUUGAAAUGAUUCUGCUUAUUGUCGCUUGCUUUUGGUUUUGAAUUUCUAAGUCAACUCUCGUUGAUCUUUCAUAUUCAAGAGAUUGGUUGAACUCUCGUAUGACAAGUGCAUCGAUGAUUUCUACACGAUUCCAAAAUUCGAACACUAUUUCAAGCAAUAAAUCGCAAGGUAAUGGUGAGGCUACCGUGGAGACCAAGUAGCGAUGUUAUCACAUACAAAAUGUCAUUGCCUUUUACAUAUUCAUAGCAGAGAUGGACGAGCCGCGGUGCGAAAACUUGACGGGGCGGGAUGGUGACGGUGCAUGACGAAAUUUCGCGGUUCCCCGCCUUUGUAUAACCUUCGUUUUUUAAAUAUACUCAGAUCUUUGGAGACAUCUUUUAAAAAUUUUUAAAACUUUUUCACACAAAACUAAUCAGUAAAAAGAAGCUUGUUAGUGUAGCUCCAAAGGAGCUAAAAUGUGGAACCCACGUAAUAUGUGUUUGUCAUGGGAUGAGGAAAGAGGAGGGAGAGCCGUCAAACCUCAAACUUAAAACAUACACUUACUAUUUUCUUCGAAAAUAUAAGUGAGUUUCACAAAAUGAGUGAUUUUAUUAUAAUUGUUUUUCAUUUUCAUGUUUAUUUUUUUUCUAUUUCGAAAUGAUGUUUAUGCGUUUAAAAUAUGCCUUUUCAUCUCAUGAAACAAAAUAGUCAUUAUGAAAGUUUAAGGAAAAAUUUGUCGAGAAACACUUUUUGAAAACAUUUUCGAUGGGGCGGGACGGUGACGGCUUCAAUGCUGAACAGGCGUGGCAGUGGCGGUGCGGAACUUUAUCGACGGGGCGGUGCGACUUUUUUGUUGACUCGUCCAUCUUUGAUUCAUAGCGUCAUACACUUGGUACAUAUGAAGCCCAAUAAUUUUCAUAGGAUAUUUUUGUUUUCAGCUGCUCAACCAACAAUUCACUUAUACUUGUACUGAUCGAAGUGUUUGGUAAAAACGGUGAUAGUAUUGAAUUAUCUAGCGAAUCAAGUAUCAGAGGAAGCACAGUUGGUGGAAUGAAAUAAGCGGAUGGUGACCACAAUUCCACCCCAUAAUGUCCAUCAACGUAGAAUUGUUUCCAUACAAUUUUAUUUGCCGAUGCAACCAUCAACACUCCGGAGUCUCCUACUCCUGGUUGUAUCUAAUAACUUUUUUUUGAUAUGAGAUUUAAUUCAAUGCAGAAUUUAAUUCCGAAUUUAUAUGACGAGUCCCUUAAGCAAGGACGAAACGCGUCGUAAGUAGCUUGGAAUUAUUUCCUUUAAACUCACCCUCACACCCUCACCCUCACCCCUCACCCUCACCUCUCACCCUCACCCCUCACCCUCACCCCUCACCCUCACCCCUCACCCU